GACACAAAACACGAAUAGAGAGAGGGAGGGAGAGGGUAUUUUGGUAAUUUGGCUGAAAUGGCUGGUCAGUGCAACGGAAACGCUGCAGAUCAUUUCAAGCUCCCUGAAAUCAAGUUCACCAAGCUCUUCAUCAAUGGCGAAUUCGUCGAUUCUAUCUCAGGAAAGACUUUUGAAACAAUCGAUCCACGUAAUGGAGAGGUUGUAGCGAGAAUCGCAGCAGGAGAUAAAGAAGACGUGGAAUUGGCAAUAAAAGCCGCCAGAGAAGCUUUCGACCAUGGGAAAUGGCCUCGCAUGUCUGGUUUUGAGAGGGGAAGGAUCAUGAUAAAAUUUGCAGACUUGAUAGACCAAAAUGCAGAGGAAUUGGCUGCACUAGAUUGCAUGAAUGGUGGAAAACUAUUCACUUUCUCUAAGCAUGGAGAGAUCCCAGAAGGCGCGAACACCCUCCGUUACUAUGCCGGCGCGGCCGAUAAGAUCCAUGGCGAGACGUUGAAGAUGUCACGGGCACUACAUGGGUAUACAUUGCGCGAGCCCAUUGGAGUCGUUGGAGUCAUCAUCCCAUGGAACUUCCCCACCACAAUGUUCUUCCUUAAGGUUAGCCCAGCCUUGGCAGCUGGUUGCACCAUCAUCAUUAAGCCUGCCGAACAAACGCCAUUGUCUGCUCUCUACUAUGCGCAUCUUGCUAAGCUGGCCGGUAUCCCGGAUGGAGUGCUCAAUGUCAUUACUGGAUUCGGUCACACUGCAGGUGCUGCCAUUAGCUCUCAUAUGGACAUAGACAAAGUUAGUUUCACGGGAUCGACGGAAGUGGGCCGGCUAGUAAUGCAGGCAUCAGCAUCAAGCAAUUUGAAGCCUGUUUCGCUAGAAUUGGGCGGGAAAUCACCUCUCUUGAUCUUCAACGAUGCCGAUGUGGACACGGCGGUUGAUCUUGCCCUCUUCGCCAUUUUCUUUAACAAGGGAGAAAUUUGUGUAGCGGGGUCUCGUGUUUUUGUUCAAGAAGGGAUUUACGACGAAUUUGUGAAGAAGGCAGCAGAAAAGGCGAAGAGCUGGGUCGUCGGAGAUCCGUUCGAUCCCCAUGUUCAACAAGGGCCUCAGGUGGAUAAGAAGCAGUUCGAAAAAAUCCUCAAGUAUAUUGAAUAUGGCAAGAGUGAAGGAGCUACUCUCUUAACUGGCGGUAAACCCUGCGGCGAGAAAGGUUACUUCAUUGAGCCCACGAUUUUUACAGACGUUAAGGAGGAUAUGAAGAUAGUACAGGAUGAAAUUUUCGGACCCGUGAUGUCUCUCAUGAAAUUCAAGACUGUAGAAGAGGCGAUCGAGAAGGCCAACAAUACAAGGUAUGGGCUGGCCGCAGGGAUCGUGACCAAGGACCUAAACUUGGCCAAUACAUUGUCAAGAUCAAUCCGUGCUGGUAUGAUUUGGAUCAACUGCUACAUUGCAUUCGAUAGGGACUGCCCUUAUGGAGGGUACAAAAUGAGUGGGUUUGGUAGGGACUCUGGAUUGCAAGCCCUUGAGCAGUAUCUGCAAACUAAGGCCGUCGUCACUCCACUACACAAUUCGCCUUGGCUCUAAUUUCAUUCCCCCUCUCUCAAGUAAUAAAGAAAAAGAAAAUCAUAUGGAAGAAAAUGCGUUCGAGACAGUACCUGCAAGUUGCGACUACCUUACUCGAUUUACUUACACCAAUUUUCUCUUUUUGGAAUU